AGGUGUCUCCGGACGAGCUCACUUCACUCUGUCAUUUUAUUUGGAGCUAUAGCAGCGGCGGGAAUAGCAGCUGUGUUUCUUCUCUCUCUCAGUCUUCACAUUCCAUUAUUCCAGGGGCACAAAUGGAGAAGGAGCCUUUAAAGACACUCAGGAUGCCUUGAGAUGUGCAGUUUUUGCAGUUGGAUUUUACAUAUAUAUAUUUUUAAUUGGCUGCAAAUGUUGGGGAUAAUAUGACCCAAGCAAUGGGAGAUCUGGAGUCGGGAUUUGAAGUGGUGGAUGGAGUAAAGCUGGGGUACCUGAUCAUAAAAGGAAAACAAAUGUUUGCCCUAUCACAAGUUUUCACAGAUCUCCUUAAAAAUAUCCCAAGGACCACAGUGCACAAGCGCAUGGAUCACUUAAAAGUUAAAAAGCACCACUGUGAUCUUGAGGAGCUGAGGAAACUCAAGGCGAUCAACUCUAUAGCUUUCCAUGCAGCCAAAUGCACUCUGAUCUCCAGAGAGGACGUGGAAGCUCUGUACACAUCUUGCAAGACUGAGAGAGUCCUUAAAACAAAAAGGAGGAGGAUAAGCGAGACCCUGGCAACAAAAGACCUGCGAGAGGAGCACCCAUCCCCCGACCCUUACUCCUGCUUUUGGAAGGAGAACAAACUUUGGCUGGGAUUGAAUGAAUCUGCGCAGCCAAUAAAAAGAAAAGCAUUUGCUACUGGAGACACAAACGUGCAGCUACCGGCAGCUCAUCUACCUCAUUUUUUUAGUAAAUACACUGGUCAAAGCUACCCCGGAAUACCCAGAUCCCCUUGCAAUUCCCACCUAAACUAUGAAACUAGCCAGAUCUCCGAAGACUGUGUUGCAGCUUUCCACUCCAGCCUCCCUUACUUCAGGAGCGUCCUGUGCACCAAGCACCCAGCUUACUACUACCAAUCCGCCAUUGCUGCUCACAAGCUCGGCUCCCCAGCAGGGGGGACUUACAGAUACAAGAGGAAAAGGUCUGCUGAGGGGGGCGCAGACAAGGACUCGAACAGCCGAGGCGGAAGGAGACUGCUGCUUAUCCCCAAACCCUAUAAAUCCAAAGGGACCCCAGUGUGCCUGGAGAGUUUCCAUUUCCUCAAUGGCUUCUGCCCUCAGCACCUGGCUCAUCUGCAGGAGAGUUACAGCAGCGACUCCGAGUCCAGCUCCUACUCCGAGCAGGCAGCCAACGACUCGGAUUUUGGUUCCAGCUUCUCCAGCAGCAGCAACUCCGUGUCCUCCGAUGAGGAGGAGGAAGAAGAAGGCAGCUUGUCGGACUCCAGUGACCUCAGCUCGGAUGGGGACAGCUCAUCAGAUUCGGACUCGAGUUCAGCUUCUAGCCAGGUCUCUGUGGAAAGUAUUCGCUUCCGCAGAACGAGUUUCUCCAGCCCUCCCUCCAAGCCUCCCCUCCUGGCUCAGGCAAACCUCUUGUAUCAUUCCCCUAGCCCGGAAGAUGGCAGCAGGUUAGGGCAAAACAAGGCAGGUCCCCGUGAGAUCAAGUCUGAAAUCCAAGAAGAAUGGAAUGAUCCGGGCUGGGGUUCUAAAACUUUCAAUGUUUAUUGUCCCUCUGGCUUUGGGAGUUCUUUUACAGAGAUAACAAGUGAUAGAGCAUCUGGGAUCUCAUUCCCACACUCUGGAUUUUCUUCUAAUGUAAAGAGAACUGACCUAACAAUUAACUGUGUUACAGAGGGGGCCUCUUCACCUAGUCCAAAGAAAAACAAUGAAUUUCCACAACAAAGAAUACACAGAGAGGCAAAUCAGUGCCUUCAAUCAACUCCUACACAAUGUGUGGAAAACAAUACCACAGCUCCCAGGUCCUCAAAUUGUGUUUCUGCAUCCGCUGGAAUAGUGGAAAAAAAAGUGUCUAAAAUAUCUGGAGCAGCGGAUAUCCCUGUGGACCCUAUACAAACUCCUAACUGUGGUGUGAAUGAGGACACUUGCACUAAUUUAUCCUUUCUGCAAAAUGUCAAAAUUAAAAUUGAGGACAGUAGUACUAAUGAAGAAUAUGAAUCUGAAGCUACAAAACAUAAGCUAUAUUUUGAGUGCAAUGUUGCUAAAGAUGAGAUUGACAGUGAUUUGAGUGAGAAUAAAACUGAGGAUGCUUUAUUACAAACCAAGCAGGACUCAGAGUGCACUGAUCAGCUAACCACUUCCUUAAAUAUGCUAAGUCCAAGUCAGGCCCUUCCAUGCACUUUACCUAUCACACAGCCCGAGGAAGGGGAAUACAAAUAUGGUGCUAGAGUAAGGAAAAAUUACAGGACAUUGGUGCUAGGAAAAAGACCUCUGCUGCAGACUACAAACUGCAAACCAAAUCUGAAAUCUGCCAGAAGCCCACGCCCCCCAGGUAAAAGUGACUUAUAUGAAGGAACACUGGAUGAUUUUACAGUUACCAAUAGACGUAAAAGAUUAACCAACAAUGUAGCAUCGGCAGUAAAAAAACCUUUUAGUUUUAUGGCAAAUUUUCCCUGUCCACCCUCUUUAAUUAUUGGAAAAGAUGGGGAUUUGGUUCCGGCCUAUUCCUUAAACAGCACAAAGGAUUCUAACCCACCAAACAAGGCCCAUCCUGUUUGGAAAUGGCAGUUGGGUGGCACUGCUAUACCUCUCCCACCUAGUCACAAAUUCAGGACUUUUCAUUCAUAACCCAUAUGAGAAAUAUAUCCUCGUGUACUUAUGUUCUUAAAAACAUGGUUGCAUUGGCCUUUCCUUUGUAUUUGGAUUUAAAUAUCUCAAGGAGAAGAAGAUGUUUGUUUUUUUUGUUUGUUUUUUAUUCUGUUUGCAAUAUGGAGAUUUUUUUGUUUUGUUUUGGUUAUUACAUUCCACAGACUACUUAAUGGUAAAGACACAAAUAAAAAAGCUGUUUUAAAUGGAAAGCUAUAAGAAGCUUUACUGUUAGGAGUCUUAAAAUGCACCCGGUACCUCAGUAUAUAUUCUGCAACUUACACAUGUCAAAUCUGGGUUUAAUAUUAUUAUUAAAACUUAAUAUGAGCCAUUGCAUUUCUGCACUAGUUCUGGAAAGUGGAAGUCUGACUGCUUAUUCAGAUAAAAUACUUGGUUGCACAGUGUGGAUUCAGCAUAACUAUGUAUGGCAUUUUUUUAUUAUUAGUAUUCGGUCAGAGGGUGUCCUUUCUCUAUGAGCAGUUGCACUUACUAUUUUCUUUUUUUCUAUGGACUGGAAUGGUUUGGGCUUGGGUGUAACUCAAGCACUGGAAAAUCUGCCUCAUCAACCAGUUAAUAAAUACGUAAUUCCUUUUUUUUAAUUUUUAUUAAAAUCUGUCUUUUUACAUGCACAAGCAUAUACCUUUGUAGAUGAAAAAAACAAACAAUAUGUUGUACCCAAAGGUCUUUCCAUUCCUAUGAUUUUAUCAGUGUCAUUUUGUGAUAUGGCCUAUGAAUAUGAUGCCAUUUAUAUGCUCAUAAAAGCUAGAAAUGUGUCUGAAACUGAGGAAACAGAGACUUUGUAUAAAAUGUGCAAGUGAAGCAAAAGUCCUAUGUGAAAUGAGGUUGAGCAAAAAGAAUGAAUGCAUUGUUGGUCAUUGUGUAUUUUUUUUUUUUUGCUAGAAAUCAGGCAUUAUAUCCGUGUUAUAACUGCAUUGUUCAUUGUAGCUCUAAACUUGAAUCGUCCUGUAGUCUUGUUAAGCACAAGACAUUUACUGCACGUGACAAUCAGAAUCAAUUCUCUGUGUUUUGCACUUAAAACUGAAAUAGAUACAUAUUCAGAAAUAUUGAGACCCUCUUGGUAUAUACUCUUUAUGUGUAUAAUGUGGUAAUAGCAUUAAAAAAAUAUCAAACAUUCUGAAAAAAUUGCACUGUUGAAAAUAAUGCAUCAGCUUUAUUUUAACUUAAAGGACAUUUCUUUUUUUUUAAUCUGUUUGGCCCUUAUUUAAUAUUUCUAGAAAUCUGCCAGAUUUAGGUCUGAAAUAUAAAGUCUGAAAAUGUUAAUAUAACAUUUCUUUGUGAGGGUCCAAUAGGGAGACGUCAACAUCUGCAUUAAAACUGUGUUAAUCUGAAUAUGGAGUUUGUUUUAUCCAUAUACAUUUUUCCUUUCUAAACUUUACAUACUUGCAAUAUCAUUUUACACUUUUAUGAACUCCUGUAAAAAAGGAGACAAUAAAAUAAAUGAGGCGAAA